UGGGGCUGCUGGGGGAUAGCUAUCGAUGUCACUGGUUUCUCGCUACAGCAGGCAACUAUGGAGCUCCCUCCGCAGCAAGGAGUUCAGACAAUACCUCAUGAGUUUACCCAGCACGCAUUUCUGGGGUCCGGUGGCUAACUGGGGACUUCCCCUCGCCGCCUUCGCGGACAUGAAGAAAGAUCCAGACUUCAUUAGUCCUAAGAUGACAGUUGCCCUCUGCAUAUACUCUGCUCUCUUCAUGAGGUUUGCUAUCAGAGUUGGGCCACCGAACCCGCUACUCUUUGCCUGUCAUUUCGCCAACGAGACAGCACAGCUCAUACAGCUAGGGCGCUGGGCCAGACACGAGUGGAGCAAACCUACAGAAACUUGAUAGCACAUUUUUAUUGCAUAACACAGUAUCAUAAUUCUGUUGGUUCAGGCCAAUUGAGAGAGAGGGGAUUACGAGGGGGUGUGGCUGGUGUCUUGUGGGGUAGAACAAGGUGUCCUCCACCACUCUGCCUUUUAUUAUGAUCUCGCUGAACUCGCAGGCUGUGGAUAGGGAAGGAGCUCUAUUAAUUUGGGUAGAGCAGUGGGUAUGGUAACUGACCGAGACCUUUGUCGAGCAUCGCUGUCAACAUCAACCAGCUGAAGAGCCAGCCAGUUCACAGCGUCCAGCCCCCUCUCUGCCACCUCACCCUCCUCCUCACGCAGACUACCAGUGAUUAUCUGGGUCUCAUGGGCUCUCUCAAUUUGCUGAGUCAGCAGUGGGUCGUCCAAUUCUCCAGUAACAGCCUUCUUACGAUAGAGAGAUCAUGACACUAUGAAAAUUGGGAAGAAGAGAACUGACCAGUACUUGUGUGUGUCGGUCAGUGAGUAAUAGAGGGUUGUAAUCUGAACCACUCACUGUAUCUAGAAAAACUCUCUGCAGUAAAGGAAGCCUCAUGGACGGCACACUACAGAGCCGCCAACUGAACCUGUUUGUUGCAGUAGUUGAUGUAGUUCUGGAAAAGUCUUCGUUUCUCUCUCUCAAUAUCCUUGAACCUGUUUCCACCCAUCACCCUGGUGAUUUGGUUGUGGAGAGGUGAAAACACACGACUGCUCCACUUGUGAUAGAGCAUUUCUCUCUUGCAGGCAGCCUCACUGGCUUGACUAGAGGCAGUG